GUGGAGAUGGAGGUAGCAGGGUGUUGGUGAGAGGAGGUGGAGGUAGCAGGGUGUUGGAGGGAGGAGGGAGGUAGUAGGAUGAUGGUGAGAGGUAGGUAAAUAUGCUAACACGUGCAAAAGAAAAUAAAGAAAUUGCAAAGACAGGCAAUCCAGCUCAUAAAGUUAUACAUAUAGGUAGGCGCAACCGAAUGUCAUUUUUGGUGAGUUUGGGCAUUUACAAGCAAAUGUGAAUGAGAGACAUUGUGAAAAUAAACAAAGUUUUGACCCAUGCUUUUCUGAAGGAAGAGCAGCACUGGCUCUGGAGCAGCAUGUGUACACGCUGUGUCCUUGUGGAGUCUGGAGUCGCUAGGGCAACUGGCCUACCUGCUCUGCUUGGAAAAGGGGAGCAGACCAGGAGAUGCGACCCCUGUCAAUACACAGCUUGACUCACCUGUUCCCGUUUUCUCCAGUUGUGCUAUUUACAAACAAACACAUGGUUCAACUGUUUUGGGGAACUACGGUAAGCUUCAUGAUAUAAAAUAGUGUGACAGGUGAAAUGAAGAAUGUGAUCUGCUUUAUCUCCUAACGUAUUACACAAGUUGACUGCAGGUAUUUACUUAAAGUAUCUACUAAUAUUAACAUUAAUUGAAAAACAUAAAAUAAAUAGUUUCAAUGGUAUUAAAAAAAACAGCCUACUCUCACCCUAUUACCUCAACCUCUAUCCUCCUUCUCCCUCAUCUACCUUAUCUCGAACCUCACUCGAGGAAAGCCUGAACACCACCCUCCUCUCACCCAUACAUCCACACCCCUCCUCUCCUCAGCAACCCACAGAGAGCCUGAAUACCACCCGGACACCACCCCCUUCCUCUCCUGUACUACAUGAUCUGCAAACAUUAUUCUGUCAUUCCUUUGCUGAGAAGUUUAUAUUGGAGUCAAGACUGUCAACGAAUGUAAUGUAAAUGCACUGUGUGUAUGAUAUUUGUACAUGAGAACUAAGUAGAAAGACAAACCUUUAAAGAGCUUCUCCGGUACUUUUGUAUACUUUUUAGCAUGUAGUUCUGAAAGUAGUACUCACCAGCUUAAAGUGGCCCCCUGAAAGUUGCAUACUAUGUGAUAUGUGCAGAUAUGUGCACCAUGUUAUCUCUCUCUGUCUGUCCGUCCGUCCGUCCACUGAGCCGUUGGGCCCGCCCUGCAACCUCUUUGGAUACGCUGGGGUGACCUCUUGCUAGCUGUCACUCAAAUGCGAGGGCGUUGGCCCAGGGGAAAUUUAUGUAAAAUGAUGCAGCACAGCUUCAAGAAAACAGUCACUUUCAAAUUAGGAAUUUUGUGGCUAAUUGAUGUAAAACUGCAAUUCUGCUCAUAGAUUAUGCAUGUAUGAACUACACAUUGACACAUCCAAAGCGGGAUGUUUCGAAAAUAUUUUCUUAGUUGCUAAAGUAACUAAGAAGCCAGUAUUUAAUGCUGCUUCACCUAAUUUUUAAUCCCAUAAAGAUCUUCCCAAUAUUUCUAUGUGGAAAGAAACAUGAAUAAAUAAAUAAUAACUCCCUGCUGUCAGCACUAUCUUACAUGUCCACACCUUCUAGGGGAUUCUGUCAAAACACAUUAAAGGCAACAUUGUGGAUGGUGAGAUGAGUUCAUGUUAAUGAAUCUCAGGUAGAUUCAAUUGAGCUCUGUGGGCCAGUAACAAACUCUCAGGUUUUAUGUAACGGUGUCAAGUAUAGGGUUAACCUAUAGGACACUCCCCUACCCUGCUUUUGGUUCACUUCCUAUUUUGUGAACUUUACUUUGCUAAUAAAUAGUUCCAGUCAGAACUACUAAAGCUGAGAGGGAGUCUAUGGAUCAGUCCUCUGCAGAAAGACAGACCGACACACAGGUAGUAUGUCCCAACGUGUGGCAGUGAUCGGGGCGGGUCCCUCAGGUCUGACCAGCAUCAAGAGCUGUCUGGAUGAGGGUCUGAAGCCCACCUGUUUCGAGAGCAGUGAUGACAUCGGGGGGCUGUGGAGGUUCAAGGAAACCCCUGAGCCGGGCCGCUCUAGUAUCUACCGCUCUCUGGUGGUGAACACCUCCAAGGAGAUGAUGUGUUUCAGUGACUUCCCUAUGCCAGCUGACUACCCCAACUACAUGCUGCACUCCCAGCUGCUGCAGUACUUCAGGCUUUACGCUCAACACUUUGACCUCCUCAGACACAUCACCUUCCAGACCAGCGUGCUGACUGUGAGACAGAGGCCAGACUUCAAUCGUUCAGGCCAGUGGGAGGUGGUGACAGAGAACAGGGAGGGACAGGAGCAGAGACACGUCUUUGACGGGGUACUGGUUUGUUCAGGACACUACACACAGCCUGUCUCACCGCUAGACCAGUUCCCAGGCCAUGAGUCGUUCCCUGGCCGCUGCCUACACAGCUGGGAGUAUAAGGAUGCUGAUGCGUUCCGGGGGAAGAGGGUGGUGGUAGUGGGGAUUGGGAACUCUGGAGGAGACAUCGCUGUGGAGAUCAGCCGGGCUGCACAGAAGACCUUCCUGAGUACCCGUAAGGGGGCGUGGGUGUUAGCUCGUAUGUCCAGUAGCGGUCUCCCACUGGACAUGACGGCCAUCUCACGGUUCACGGUCCUGCUAACCUCCCUGCUGCCCAGAGCGCUGGUCAACUGGGCUGCAGAGAGAACCCUUAAUCACCGAUAUGACCACCGUCUCUAUGGCCUACAGCCAACACACAGGCUGCUAGAGCAGAAGCCGCUGAUCAACGAUGACCUUCCAGGCCGUAUCCUGCAGGGGGCAGUAGUGCUGAAGCCAGACCUGAGAGGGUUCCAGGGGUCCGGACUGCUGUUCCAGGAUGGAACCACGGAGGGGGACAUCGAUGCAGUGGUCUUCUGUACUGGAUACAAUUGCACCUUCUCCUUCCUGCCCCCGUCAAUAUGUUCAGGACCUCGGGGGGAUCUCAACCUGUACAGACGGGUGUUCCCUCCAGCUCUCGAGCGCCCCACGCUGGCCAUCAUGGGUCUGUUCCAGACUAAAGGACCCAUCUUUCCUGCUGUGGAGAUGCAGGCCCGCUGGGUCACGAGGGUCAUCGCAGGGUUGACCCAGCUCCCACCACGGAAAACAAUGCUUUCCAAAAUCGAGACGGAGACGAAGAGGAACAUGAAGAGUUACCCGUGUCCCAGACAGGCAGCUCUCCAUGUGGAUUAUAUACCAUACCUGGACUCCCUGGCUGAGCAGGUGGGGGUUCGUCCCAACAUCCUAGGGCUGCUACUGAGGGAGCCUAGUGUGGGGCUGCGUGUACUGCUGGGGCCCUGCACCCCUUACCAGUAUCGCCUAAGAGGGCCGGGAAAGUGGGACGGGGCCCGACAGGCCAUCCUCACUCAGUGGGAGCGCGUAGCCCAGCCCUUCAGAACCAGGCUGGAGCCAGAACCCCCCAGGCCCUUGGUCCUUCUGUCCCCCUUGCUGAUCACGCUGUCUGCGGGAGCUGUGAUGCUAGCUGUGGUCCUCUCCCAGCGUAAACUGACCUUAUGUCUACAAGACCUACUACAGGACUCAACUCACCUGCUGGACUGGCUCUCAGCACUACUUUCCAUCAUGGUGUGUACAGUAGCAGUGAUCGGGGCGGGUCCCUCAGGUCUGACCAGCAUCAAGAGCUGUCUGGAUGAGGGUCUGGAGCCCACCUGUUUCGAGGGCAGUGAUGACAUCGGGGGACUUUGGAGGUUCAAGGAGCAUCCAGACCCAGGAAGGGCCAACAUCUACCAGUCUGUCAUCAUCAACAGCUCCAAGGAGAUGAUGUCAUUCAGCGAUUUCCCUCCUCCUGCUCACCUGCCCAACAACAUGCACCACCCCCAGCUGCUGAGCUACCUACGACUUUACGCUCAGACCUUUGACCUCUUCAAGCACAUCUACUUCCAGACCACUGUGGUGAGUGUGCGUCAGAGGCCAGACUUCCCAGUGUCAGGCCAGUGGGAGGUGGAGACAGAGAGGAGAGAAGGUCAGAGGGAGAUUCAGGUCUUUGAUGCUGUGAUGGUCUGCACCGGUCACUUUACACAACCACACUUGCCUCUCAAUGACUUCCCAGGUAUAGAAGAGUUUGAGGGCAGGUACUUUCACAGUUGGGAAUACCUCAGUGCUGAGGGGCUGCAGGGGAAGAGGGUGGUGGUGGUUGGGAUUGGGAAUUCUGGAGGUGACAUCGCUGUGGAUGCCAGCAGAGUAGCGGAGCAGGUGUACCUUAGCACACGGAAAGGGGCAUGGGUGGUCAGCAGGGUGGGGGCGGGGGGACUGCCAGGUGACCUGGUGGAGAAGCUCUUCCCUACCUGGAUUACCAUGAUGAUGGAGAAGAAACUGAACAGAACCUUCGACCACAGACUGUACGGCCUACAACCAAAACACAGGUUCUUUGCUCAGAUCCCAGUGGUGAAUGAUGAUCUACCUGGUCGAAUCAUCUCUGGUCGUGUUCUGGUCAAACCUAACAUCAGGGAGAUCAAAGGCUCCAGUGUGGUGUUUGAGGAUGGGAGUGUCGUGGAAAAGGUGGAUGUUGUGGUGUUUGCCACUGGCUACAACUACGACUUUCCUUUCCUGCCUUCGGGUCUGCUGACUAAUGGUGGUCACCGCCUGUGUCUGUACCGUCAUGUGUUCCCCCCGGGGCUGGCUCGGCCCAGUCUGGCUGUAGUGGGCUUCAUCUGUAACCUGGGAGCCAUCAACCCCCUGGCUGAGAUGCAGGCCCGCUGGGCCACCCAGGUCUUUAAAGGGUUACUAACACUGCCCUCACAAGAAGCCAUGCUGCAGGACGUAAAGAGAGAUACCAGCCCUUUGCAAAACAGGUUUGCCUGUUUGGAGCGUCACCCUCUCCAGGUGGACCAUAUCCCCUACAUGGACUCCAUGGCAGAGGAGUUGGGGGUUGGUCCUAAUCUCCUAGGGCUCCUGUUGAGGGAGCCUGGUGUGGGGCUGCGUGUGUUACUGGGGCCCUGCACCCCGUACCAGUACCGUCUGAGAGGGCCAGGACAGUGGGACGGAGCCCGACAGGCCAUCCUCACCCAGUGGGAGCGUGUAGCCCAGCCCUUCAGGACCAGGAUGCCGCCACAACCAGAGAGCAGAACCAGAGCCUCCUCUAGUCUGAUACUGACUCUGUCUUGCACUGUUCUCCUACUAACAACCUUCUAUACCAGACACAGUCUCUCAUCACUCCCCACAGGCCUCCUCUAUAAGAUAUACAGUCUACCUGAGAUCAUAUGGGGGUGGAAAUGAACAAUAUGGGCCUAUUGCAUCCACUGUUGGCCACUAUUUUAUCUCUCAUUAAACUAUCAAUACACACUAAGAUCAUCCGCACAGCUGAUCUUAAUUGCUUCCAAAAUGUACUGUUCUCUAAAAGCCGGGCUACAUGUGACGUCAGUGUUAACUUAGCCUCGCUUUAUUCAAACAUUUUCCAAGACAGGCUAUUUAUUAUCUUCGGUAGAAAUAAAACCUGGAAACCGAGCAGACUAAGGGGUUAUUGAACUAUUUCACAAUCAUUCAGUGCAACUAAAAUAAAGCAUUUUCUUGUUUAAAAAUUAUACUGUGGCAAUAAAUCGUACAGGUUAUAUCAGGGUUUUUCAAACGCGGUCCAAGGUGCAUGUUUUAAUUUUUGCCCUAGCACUACACAGCUGAUUCAAAUAAUCAAAGCUUGAUGAUGAGUUGGUUAUUUGAAUCAGCUGUGUAGCGCUUGGGAAAAACCUAAAUGUGCACCCAGGGGGGCCCCAGGACCAAGUUUGGGAAACUCUGGCUAAUAUGAAUGAAAAAUGCUGGUGUACUCAUUACUUUUUAAUUUCCAAAUUAUAUUGUCCAUUAAUUACAUUGUCUUAUUAACUAUGGUUAUUUCUGAUCAAGAAGACAAAACCAAAUAUCCCUGAAUUGUCCAUAUCGAAAUUGUGUAACUAAAUCAAGCCAAUCAUGACUGAUUUCAUGUAAUCUUUAGUUUUUGUAAAAUUCAAGGUAUACAGUGCCUUCGAAAAGUUCAGACCCCUUGACUUUUUCCACGUGUUGUUACGUUACAGCCUUAUUCUAAAAUGGAUAAAGACAAAGCAAAAAAAGUUAUUAUUUUAAAUUUUCAUAAAUGUAUAAAGAACUAAAAACAGAAAUACCUUAUUUACAUAAGUAUUCAGACCCUUUGCUAUGAGAGCUCAGGUGCAUCUUGUUUCUAUUGAUCAUCCUUGAGAUGUUUCUACAACUUCAUUGGAGUCCACUUGGGGUAAAUUCAAUUGAUUGGGCAUGAUUUGUCUAACUCCUGUACUUGGGGAGUUUCUCUGGGCCACUCAAGGGCAUUCAGAGACUUGAACAGAAGCCAUUCCUGUGUUGUCUUGGCUGUGUGCUUAGGGUCGUAGUCCUGUUGGAAGGUGAACCGUCACCCCAGUCUGUGGUCCUGAGUACUCUGGAGCUGGUUUUCAUCAAGGAUCUCUGUACUUUGUUCCGUUCAUCUUUGCCUCGAUCCUGACUAGUCUACCAGUCCCUGCCACUGUAAAACAUCCCCACAGCAUGAUGCUGCCACCACCACGCUUCACCGUUGGGAUGGUGCCAGGUUUCCUUUGGACAUGACCAAUCUUGGUUUCAUCAGACCAGAGAAUCUUGUUUCUCAUGGUCUGAGUCUUUGGGUGCCUUUUACUAAGGAGUGGCUUCUGUCUGGCCACUCUACCAUAAAGGCCUGAUUGAUGGAGUGCUGCAGAGAUGGUUAUCAUAAUGGACGUUUCUCCCAUCUAGACAGAGGAACUCUAGAGCUCUGUCAACGUGAGCAUCAGGUUCAUGAUCACCUCCUUGACCAAGGCCCUUCUCCACCAAUUGCUCAGUUUGGCUGAGCGGCCAGCUCUAGGAAGAGUCUUGGUGGUUCCAAACUUCUUCCAUUUAAGAAUGAUAGAGGCCACUGUGUUCUUGGGGACCUUCAAUGCUGCAGCCUGCCCUUUUUGAAUCCAGGUUUGCUGUUUAUUUGAUCUACAAGGCGGCAGACACUUUUUUGUUACCCUUCCCCAGAUCUGUGCCUCGACACAAUCCGGUCUCGGAGCUCUACGGACAAUUUCUUCGACCUCAUGGCUUGGUUUUUGUUGACAUGCACUGUCAUCUGUGCGACCUUCUAUAGACAGGUGUGUGCCUUUCCAAAUUAUGUCCAAUCAAUUUACCACAGGUG